CAAUCGGGCGGGGCUCUCCUGUAUACGGGUACGAAAUAACAACAAUAACAACAAGACGCUGUCGGCUUCAUAUCGAACAGGUAUUUUAAAGAUGAAAUCUGCAACGUGCAGGAACAGAUAUUUUGUCAUAGCUUUUAUACAUGUGAUCAUGUUCCAUGCUUCUUGUUGUAAGCUCACAAACUCGAGCAUACCAGCCAUCGCUGUUUAUUUCGGAACCAAAGGUCGAUAUGAGGAAGUGAACCCGCAUUUAAUAGACGAUAUUUUAUAUGUGAACAAGUCUGCAGUGCGCCCCCCAGUGGCUGACUGCCAGGCAGUGCACUUACUGGCAUUGAUCCGACACGGCACUCGCUUCCCUACAACCAAAAACAUUAAAAAGAUCCACCGCCUGUAUGAUGUGGUGAUGACUGAUGCGUCCGGAACUGAGCAGUGGCUCAGUGACAUUAAAAAUAAGUGGCCCAUGUGGUACACUGAGGAUAUGGACGGCAGACUAGUAGAGAAAGGGAAAGAUGACCUGAGACAUUUGGCCGUGAGGUUGAGCAAGUCGUUUCCGACACUGGUUUCAGAGGAAAACCUGCACAGCCAGAGCAUGGAGUUUAUAACCAGCUCCAAACACAGGUGUGUGGAGAGCAUCCAGGCUUUCCAAGAGGGUCUCCACAAACACUGGGGUGUAGAAGAUGUGGGGUUCAGACAUUAUGUGAAUGAUUCACUCAUGCGAUUCUUCGAUCAGUGCAAAAGAUUCGUUGAAGGCAUCGAGAACAACAAGACCGCCUUGAAGGAGGUCAAUCUCUUCAAGUCAUCUCCGAAGAUGGGUGAAGUCUGCAGGCGGAUGGCCGGUCGCUUACAGAUUCCUCACUCUCAGAUAACACCAGAUUUGGUUGAAGCUGCUUUCUUCUUGUGCUCCUAUGAGUUUGCGAUCAAGUCUAGGAAUUCUCCAUGGUGUAAUCUGCUGGAUGAAUCGGAUGCGCAGGUCCUUGAAUACAAAAAUGACCUGAAGCAGUACUGGAAAAGGGGAUACGGCCAUGAAAUCAACCGUAAAUCAAGCUGUGUCCUGUUUCAUGACCUCUUCAGAAGACUUGAUCAAGCGUCCUAUGACUACAGGUUUGGAGUGGUCAAUAAGGCAGUUACCAUCCAGGUGGGCCAUGGUGAGACUCUGCUGCCUCUGCUGUCUCUGAUGGGUUUCUUUAGAGACGAGACACCUCUAACUGCCAAUAACUUCCCAAUGCAGCACAGCCGCAAGUUCCGCAGCAGUCAAAUAGUGCCUUACAGUGCAAACCUGCUCUUUGUCCUGUAUGAAUGCACAGACGGACUCAGGCUCCAGUUUUUCCUCAAUGAGAAACCAAUGACUUUUCCUAACAUAAGUGACCCUUCACCACUGUAUGCCACAGUCAGGAACCACUAUUCUGACCUCCUGGGUGGCUGUGAUUUUGAGAAAGAAUGUGAAUUACCUAAAGAUAAAGUCAAGAACACUGAGCUAUGAUGUAGAUAAGCAGAGUUGGGCUGAUCAUUAGUCUUUUUUUAUUGGUUGAAUUACGGGUGAGAAUGCUAACCAAAUGCGUGAUUUUACUGGUGACCAAAAAUAAGGUUUAUGUAUUUAUGUAUAAGGCUUUUUUCUUUCUUUAAUUGGAAAUGUUUAUUAUCAGAAGCCAAAACUGAUUAAGAACUCUGAGACUGUAAGGUACCAAAUAUAUUUCUAAAUUUUUUUAUUAAAAAAAAACAAAAAAAA